AUGUCCCUUUACGACGCCUGCAACUUCCCCUGGGUCGACACCGUCGUCAACGCCUACGCCUCAAACAGCUCCAUCAUAUACUCCGACACCCGCCUCUUUAACUGCUGCACCUCUCCAGGGGUAUGUCCUUCCGACUACACUGGCAAAUGUCCCUACGGGUAUCUCCAUUGUACCAUCGGCAACUCCAAAUACGUGUGCAACUUCAACGACUACUCCUCCGCAAUCUCCCAGACCUGUUACCAAGAGGGCUCCCUAACCGUUACCCGCGACAAACCCUGUUGCCCAAGCAUGCUGGGCUCAUUUCUGCAGAAGCAAACUUGUCUGGAGGGGACCGGCAGUUCCUUUGACGAUUGGGUCUGUUGUCCUAGCGGACCCACGACUUGUCAGUUCGUGAUGGGUUGUAUUGGGUACCAGGGAUUCAAUGGGAAUUUGGGGCAGAAGUAUGCCGUUUAUUCGGGGUAUGUCUCUGGGCUGAGUUCGACUGGGUCGUCGUACUGUGUGGAGGAGGUCAGCUUGGGCGCUGCAAAGAGUUCCAAUUGUUAUACCGUUGGACAGACGGGUUGUGGCCUUGGAGGAGUCGCACCACCAGUGACCAACAUUACCACGACGACGACCUUUGCGACGUCUCCCGUUCUUUCGACGACCGGGGCACUGAUCCCUACGGGGGGUUCUGGAACUGGACCUGCUGUUGUCUCCCCUACCAACAAGGGCUCGAGUGGAACCUCUGUUUAUUAUGGCGGCCGUUGGACUGUCAAGAAAGCGGCGCUUUUGUUGUUUGUCCCCUUGAUUCUCCAGUACGCUUUUGUCUAG